GCGGAACUUAACUUGCUGAAUUGCACUUGAACCGACACACACAUAAACACACACACAUUACACACACAAAUAGAUAUAUAUACACACACACAACAUAACACAAGGAUGGCCGCUCGGACCAUGCAGGUGGCGCGAUGCCCGACGGACGAGCUGUCUCUGACCAACUGUGCCGUCAUCAACGAGAAGGAGCCUCAGUUUGAGCAACAUGUGACUGUGCGUAAUUCAACCCACAAGUAUGUCUUCACCUUAAAGACUCAUCCCAGUGUGAACUGUGGGACCAUCGCCUUCAGCCUGCCUCAGAGAAAAUGGGCGGGACUAUCGAUCGGACAGGAAGUUGAAGUGUCCAACUACACAUUUGACAAGUCCAAGCAGUGUGUGAGCAGCAUGACGGUGGAGAUCGAUUUCCUUCAGAAGAAAAGCAUCGACAGUAAUCCUUACGACUCCGACAAGAUGGCGUCCGAGUUCAUCCAGCACUUCAACAACCAGGCGUUCAGUGUCGACCAACAGCUGGUGUUUAGUUUCUGUGAUAAGCUGUUCGGCUUGACGAUGAAGGAUAUGGAAGCCAUGGACCCGAGCAUCCUCAGCGGACAAAACGCCUCUGGAAAGAAACCCAAGAUCAACAUCGGCUUGUUGCUGCCAAACAGUCAGGUGAUAUUUGAGAAGUCCGAGACCUCGUCCAUGACUCUGAUCGGGAAAGCAAAGACCCGAGAGUCUCGCCAGUCGAUCAUCAGCCCCGACUGGAACUUCGAGCGGAUGGGUAUCGGCGGCCUCGACAAGGAGUUUUCUGACAUCUUCCGUCGAGCCUUCGCUUCCCGCGUCUUCCCUCCAGACAUCGUCGAACAGAUGGGUGAAGAGUUUCUGUAA